AGAGGGAGAGGGGGGAUGAACGAGGAGGUGCGCACAUGUGAGGAUCUCCUGAACUGCCGGGGCAAGGCAGGACUUGUGAAGAGAGAAAAAGAAGAGGAGGAGGAGGAGGAAUAGAGGAAUACUGCAGUGACCGGCCAGACUUUCUCACUCUCUCUCUCUUGCUGCUUCACUGCUUUCAUCCCCCGUCUUCUUCAUCCCCUCCUCACUCUCUCUCUCCCCUCCUGCCAAUUAUACCAUGAACCUGCCUGCUGCUUGUUGCUAAGGGGGAGCCAGCCGGGGGAGCAGAGUGGACCAGGCGUUAUUUUGUUUCUAAGGACCGAGUGAAACAAUGGCCGAGGGAUCCAGAGACCAGGGAGGCGCAGGAAACAAUGAUCCUGAGGAGGACUCCCCCAAUAUGAUCGUCUACAGAAAGAUUGAAGACAUUGUGACACGAAUACAAGAUGAGAAAGCAGGAGGUGUAGCCAUCCGGACCGUCAAAAGCUUCCUCUCUAAGAUCCCCAGUGUGGUAUCAGGGGCGGACAUCGUUCAGUGGCUGAUGAAAAACCUCUCCGUUGAGGAUCCAGCUGAAGCCAUCCACCUCGGGAGUCUGGUCGCUGCACAUGGUUACAUCUUCCCCAUCUCAGACCACGUCCUGACACUUAAGGACGAUGGAACCCUUUAUCGCUUUCAGUCUCCAUACUUCUGGCCGUCAAACUGUUGGGAGCCUGAGAACACAGACUAUGCCAUUUACCUGUGCAAGCGCACCAUGCAGAAUAAAGCCAGGCUCGAGCUGGCCGACUACGAGGCUGAGAACCUUGCCCGACUGCAGAGGGCCUUUGCCAGGAAGUGGGAAUUCAUCUUCAUGCAAGCUGAGGCUCAAGUGAAGAUCGACAGGAAGAAGGACAAGGCCGAGAGGAAGAUCCUGGACAGCCAGGAGAGGGCAUUCUGGGAUGUCCAUCGGCCUGUGCCCGGCUGCGUCAACACCACGGAGAUGGACAUCCGCAAGUGUCGAAGAGAGAAGAACCCACACAGGGUGAAAAAGUCGGUGUAUGGGGUCCCAGAUGACGGCCAGAGUCAGCCCAGUCCCGUCCACAGCAGCUCCCAGCCGACCAGGAAGCCCACCAAAGAGGACGUCCAAAAAGAGAUCACCUUCCUGAACAUGCAGCUGGACCGACACUGUAUGAAGGUUUCCAAAGUGGCCGACAGUCUGAUGAGCUACACGGAGCAGUUCAUGGACUACGACCCCUUUGUGUCUGCCACGGAGCCGUCCAACCCCUGGAUCAGUGACGACACGUGCUUCUGGGACUUGGAGGCGAGUCGUGACCCCAGCCAGCAGCGUGUGAAGAGAUGGGGCUUCUCUCUGGAGGAGGCCCUGAAGGACCCGGUGGGACGAGACCAGUUCCUGAAGUUCCUGGAGUCAGAGUUCAGCUCAGAGAACCUGCGGUUCUGGUUAGCAGUGCAGGAUCUGAAGCGACGGCCGCUCCAGGACGUCCCCUCCAGGGCGCAGGAGAUCUGGCAGGAGUUCCUGGCUGAGGGGGCGCCGAGCUCCAUCAACCUGGACUCUCACAGCUAUGAGCGCACGAGCCAGAACCUGAAAGACCCCGGACGAUACAGCUACGAGGACGCUCAGGAGCACAUUUUCAAGCUAAUGAAAAGUGAUAGCUAUGCACGCUUUUUGCGAUCCAACAUCUACCAAGACCUCCUGUUAGCCAGAAAGAAGAGCAAUGCGGAAAACCUGGACUAG